GACUCUCAUUGUCGCUGUGGACGGCCGUCGAAUCGGCCGCGUAUACACUCACGCGCACCUUUAACCGCGAACGCGUAGCUCCCUUAAACGAUCGCAAAGUGAUAACGAACCAAGUGUUGUAGGUAAAUGCGACACGAAUCAUGAACAAACUAUCGAGUAAUAUAAUAAAGCGUCAAACGACGCUGUAUUGAAAACGAAACAAUGUGCAACAAAGAUAAAAUGGUAAGCGGAAAGUUCGGUUUCGCCGCUAAAAAGGACAAAGUGAUCGCGACGGAGGUUAAGACUGAGUUUAGUGUUAAGGAAAAAUGUCGAAAAAUACAGAAGAAACUAAAGAAGACUGAUAAACAGAAGACUGAUGUUAAAGAGAAGGCGAUUUGGUGGAACCAGUGUAGCAGCCUGAGUGAAAUCGAUCAGUACCUAUGGAUGGUCGGAGGCUCAGCUGGCGCGUUGGCGCUGACAGGCGUCGCUGCCGCCUCUGCCUUCUAUCUCAGCACGAGACCAAAACCUGAGAAGCCUCUCGUCACACUACACGAACAGAGCUUAUUAGAACCGGGUCCGGAAAUGGUACGAGUCUCCAAAUUCUACAAAGAUGCAAAAAACGGCCGGUUCCUUCGCUACCUUCAUGACGACACACGUACGCUUUUCGAGACUUUUCGACGAGGUGUCAAAGAAUCUAAUAAUGGCAACUGUCUCGGUUGGCGCGAGGGACCAAACAAGCCGUAUAUAUGGCAAACGUACAAUGAGACCCUGCUGAGAGCGAAAAACUUUGGAUCUGGCCUUAUAUGUCAAGGUCUGAGCCCGGGUCAAAGUACCUUUGUGGGUAUUUAUGCACAGAAUUGUCCGGAAUGGAUAAUGACGGAACAAGCUGCCUACUGCUACUCAAUGGUUAUCGUCCCACUGUACGAUACUUUAGGAGCCAACGCCUGUGCCUUCAUCAUAAAUCAAACUGAAAUGUCAAUAGUAGUAUGUGAAGAUGACAAAAAAGCAAAUCUCCUUCUGGACCAAUCACCGAGAUGUCUGAGGAAGCUUGUCACCAUCAAAGAAGUGUCGCCAUCGACGCAUCAGAGAGCCCGGAGUCGUGGAGUUGAUAUCGUCAAGUUCAGUGAUGUGGAAAUUCAAGGAGCGCAAAAAGACCAUCCAUUUGUCCCACCGAAACCGGAUAGCCUGUGCACGAUUUGCUAUACGUCGGGCACGACUGGGAUGCCCAAAGGCGUGAUGCUAACUCACGAGAACCUCGUAGCUUCAAUGUGCAGCGUCAUCAUGCAGCUCGGAGAGCACCGACCUUCCAAACAUGACGUCAUGAUCUCCUUCCUGCCACUCGCGCAUAUGCUGGAGAGAUGUUGUGAGAAUGCUUUGUAUAUGGUUGGAGGUGCGGUCGGUUUCUACAGCGGUGAUAUACGAAGACUAGGCGACGACUUAAGCGCCUUAAAGCCAACUAUGAUGCCUGCCGUACCUAGAUUACUUAACAGACUUUAUGAUAAAGCCCAGAGUGAGAUUUCAAAUUCAAAGAUCAAGAAGCUACUGUUUAAUAUGGCGCUUUCAGCUAAAGAAUCUGAACUUAAAAGGGGUAUCAUUCGCGCUGAUUCUAUAUGGGAUAAACUGGUAUUCCGGAAGGUGCGCGAGGGUAUGGGCGGCAGACUUCGUAUUAUGGUGGUAGGAUCUGCACCACUCGCUGGCAAUGUUCUUACAUUCGCACGAUGCGCUCUUGGCUGUCUGAUCGUGGAAGGGUACGGGCAGACGGAGUGCACUGCGCCCGUCACUCUGACCGUGCAGGGCGACCACGUGCCAGAGCAUGUCGGCCCUCCCGUUGCUUGUUGCAAAGUGAAGCUAGUGGACGUGCCGGAGAUGGAGUACUACGCGGCGCAGGGACAAGGCGAAGUAUGCGUGCAGGGAGCCAAUGUGUUUAAGGGUUACUUCAAAGAGCCGGAGAAGACGCGGCAAGUGAUCGACCGCGAUGGCUGGCAUCACACCGGUGACAUCGGCAAAUGGCUGCCUAAUGGAACUUUGAAGAUAAUCGAUAGAAGAAAACACAUCUUCAAGCUGUCACAAGGCGAAUAUAUUGUGCCGGAGAAGAUUGAGAACAUUUAUAUUAGAAGUCAAUACGUGGAACAAGUUUUCGUGCACGGUGAAUCAUUAAAGUCGUGCAUCGUAGCGGUGGUUGUCCCAGACGUUGAUGUGGUGAAGUGCUGGGCGUUGGAGAACGGCAUUCAGGGCACUUUCUCCGCUCUUUGCGAGAACGAGCGCGUCAAGCAGAUGAUAUUGGACGACAUGUUGCAAUGGGGCAGGAACGCUGGACUUAAGACAUUUGAACAGGUGAAAGAUAUAUAUUUGCACCCGGAUCCGUUCUCCGUGCAGAAUGGUCUCCUCACGCCAACUAUGAAGGCGAAACGACCGGAGAUCAGAAACUACUUCAAGCCGCAGAUAGAAGAUAUGUACAAGCAGCUUGAAUAAACAUUCGAAUUUCGAAACAAUUGAUUCGAUGUUGAAUCGAAAAUCGAUUUCACAGAUUCCUGAAAUAUUUUCUGUUAGAAAUAUAUUAUUAAGUUUUUAAUUUAAGUGAUAUUUGUAUGGUUUUAUUUCGAAAUAAAGUAUGAAUACAAGCGUGAAGUAAACAAUUUUUGGAUUUUUAAAGUACUUAGUGGUAUUGAACAUUAUUUUAUUUGUGUUUUUGUACGGUUAUUAUGAAAGCUAAUACACGUGUGAGUGAUUUUAAUUUUGUAUUCUUUAUUAUUAUUUGUUUAUUCUUGAGUGAUUGUAAUUAAGCGAUGUUUAAAUACAAGAAAGUAGUUAGAAUAAGUUACUUACGGCCGAAUACUGGAACGUAUCUUGAACGCUUCGUAAACGCCGCUUACAAUUAGAUAAAUGUCAACAUUUAAUGGAACAGAGUUUACAAGUGGUUUUGUUAUUUACGAUGUUACUUUUUAAAUGUCGUUUCAAUAAUCGGCCGUUAGCCUUUAAAGGCAAUAAUCUAAGGAACACUAGUUUCUUGUGCUGUCAAUUAUUGGUGUGUUUGUAAUCGCAAUUUAAUUAUUAAUAUAAACUGCAGUGAUUUGUUUGUUACAUUUUUAAUGAUAAAAUCCAUGACACAUUUAAAUACACUCAAGUGAUGAAAAUGUAAGUGUUUUAAAUUAUUGAAGCAAUUCGAAUGACAUGUUUAUGAUGAAAUGUUUUCUUUUUUCAUUUUGAAUAACGAAAUUGUAUCAUUUUUCUUAAAGUAGCGAAAAUAAGGUUAUCGAUGUUCAAUUUGAAUGAAAUUUACAAUGUCAUAUUGCAAUAAUACAUUUCUGUUAAGUAAAAAAUAUAGUAACGGAAAUAAAAUUUAUUAAGACAAAAUUAUAUAUCACAUAAUAAUAAAUCAUUUUAACGAUCCAGUCAUAUUUUGAAAACUAAUUUAAUAGAACAGAUUGCAAAGCAUUAAGUAGGAAUAAACUUAAUAGAAAUGUAUGCGAUUUGGCAUUAUAGUUAAAAUUAUUGGCUUAUCUAUGAUUUUAAAAAAAUUAGGGCCGUUUUAUAGACUAAAAUGUAGAACAAUUUUUGUUAGAAAUUAACAUUUAGACGAAUAAGUUUAGGUUAAUUUUAUACGUAAACACAGAUUAUAAAAUUCAAACGCACCUUUUUCACAAAAAGUAAACUAUACCAUCCAUUUAGUUUAGUAUUUCUUGUAUUUUUGGAGUGUACACGCUGUGCCUUCAGAACCUCUUACAGGCUUGGGUUGGCACGUCGAACAGUCUAUUACUCCUGUUCUUGACGUGCCAAAACAAAUGCCGGGUACUAUGCUAUAAAAAAGUUUGAUCAGAUUCGGAAUUCAAAUGUUCUAAUUGAAAACGAAUUUAUUUGUAUGUCCAACUUUUAAAAUAAGAAUUAUUUUAAUAUUAUUAAUUUUCACUCCAUCAUAAUCUUUUUCGACUUUUUGGUUUCUAUUAUUAGGACGUGCGCACACCUGAAACUAAACUAUAGCACAACUGUUUAGUCUCGCUUUGAUAUCGAUAAGCUUAUGCAACUAAUAAGUUUCUAUGGCUACAAAACAUUUGAUAAUCGCACAACUGUUGUCCGAUAGUUUAGUCAAAGAUGUGCGCCUGUUCUUAUGUACAGUUGAUUGUUCCGAGAUUGUAUUAUUAUGUAUAACCUUUGCAAUACAUUAUUUUAAAUGGUUAAGUGACAUGUUUGUAACGAUUUGUUUGAUUUUCCUUGUGGCUAUUUAGUGCAUGUGUACUUACGAAGAACGAAUCUCUUGUUUGAUGUGUGAUGUGAAUGUUUUUUUACCUGCCUUGAUUUAACUGUGGAUUUGACAGUGACAGUUGUGAACGAACUAAUGCUAUCUCUGUUGUAUCCAAAAAUAAUGAAAGAGAUGGCAAUAUGUUCGUAAUGCAGCUGUAACAACAGUGGAAAUCCAUCGUAACGGCUAUACCUGUAGAUAGUUUUGUAUUCACUUUUUAAUACUAAGGCCAUGCUUAGAGCGAAUGUUGCGGUUUCGUGUUGUUUCAAACCAAAAUUUUUGUUGUUAUUGGUGCAAGUUGUACUACGAUAAUUUAUUUUUAAAUAAAAAUUUUCUAAAACUUAA